AUGGUGACGCAGUUCCUGCAAAACGAAAGGAUGGACGUAGGCUCGAUUGAGUUUCGACGUCGGAUGGAAGAGCACGUGGACUAUCUGGAACAAGUGCACACGCAUGCAACAGAACGGGACUGGGUCUUCCCGUACGCUAUGGGCGUCAACACGCGGCAUUUAUACCAUGAUGGCGACAGGAAAAUGUCUCCUUUUGACUUUGUACAGCAGGAGCAUCAAGCGGCGCAGCGUCAGCAGCAACGCCGACUGACAGAUCAACGAAGACUUGUCAGCUCGACACUCGGAUACCGCGAGACGCUGGAUUGGUGCUCGUCGGAUAAUUCACACAACCAGAGCAUCUGCACGGUUAUCAAGAGUCAGAAUCAAUGUGGCAGCUGCUGGGCUUUUGCAGCAGCCGAUAGCAUCGAGACGGCGGUAGUGGUCCAUGCCGGAACAAAGCCCCAGUCGCUAUCGCCGCAACAAUUUUUAGCGUGCAGCUCAAGAGCAAUGACAACUACGUUUGACUAUUGUUGGGCGGAGAGUGGCGUGGAUGGAUCGAGUUGGCUGCACAGCAAGAUGGUCUGGGGCUCGACGAACGAUGCAUGCAAUGGAGGCAUGACCCACGCCGCAUUUGCCGACGCAGCGCAGUUGCAUUGGUCGCUGCUGAGCCAGCUGGACCUGCCGUAUAACGAAGAGGAUACUGCGCAACCAUCUGAAGUUACUCUAGCGAAUGCAUGCAGCAACUCGACUGCAGACGACGCUGCUGCGAGUAUAUCUGGUUGGGAGCAAGUUGUGGGGCGUUUAUGCGAGAACAGUACUGACUCGACCGAAUUGCUGAAACUGGCAUUGCAGCAACAACCGAUAUCGGUAGGAAUUGGCGUCCUGUACGCCAGCCGCCAGCGCAAUGCCUACAGGGUAGCGCUGUAA